AUGUGUUCCGAAGUGGAACCCUCCUCCUCCUCCUCCCUCAACCCCUCCAUACCACCCCUCCUCCUGCUUUUUCGCUUCCUGGAAAGAUCUCCAGGAAGCCCUCAUCCCGCCCUGUCCUCUCCCGAAGAAGGAGGAGGAGGAAGAAGGAAGGUUUUACAAAAGGUUGAGGAGGGAAAAGAUUCCAGGUCAACUGAUUUUUGUUGCGGGGAUCUCCUGGCAACAUGUGGCAUCUUCCCGCGCCUUUUUUGGCCAAAGAACGGCGUUUCCCUCAAUAAGUUUAUCAGAGAACCUUCAAAAAAGGAGACUGCAGCCAUAGUCCCGUGGUUUACAGUACAUUUCAAAGCUGAAUUAGUUAAAAAAUUACUUGUCAUAUACUAUCUAGAGGAGAGUCAAAUAAAUGAAGAUGCCCUAACUAGUGUGAUUUCCCAAGUGCUCGACCUCAUUUCAGUAAAAUCCCCCUCCCCGGGCUUUAAACACUCGACUAUGGAUAGCAAGAGUCCCAGCGCCUCGGGCAAUGGUGUGGCCCACGAUGACAACGACGACGUGGUGAUGAAGGCAGCGGAAUCCAAAAGCAUGGCGUUUAACGGGUCUCCCAACGGUCAUGAUCGCCCUCUUUCCGGGAAGAUUGAUCACAGUGAAAAACCCGUCGGCGUUUUCGUCAUGCCGCCAACGAUAGAGAAACCUCCUUCGGCGAAGGCUGCUGACAGCCCCAGCAAAGCGGGUGGGAGCAUGGACAGCAAGAACCACAAAGAUGUCGUCGGCGUUGACAACGGGCACGCCAAGGAUGAGAAAAAAGAUGCGUCGAACGGUGACAAAAACGGGAAGUCCAGUGGUGACAAAAAUGGCACUUCUAACGGUGAUAAGAACGGUGGCACCUCUGACGGUGACAACGCCUCCGUUAAAAGUCAAGCAAGCCACGACAGCAGCCCAGAGGCGAAAGGCCAACAGUCUGCUGCGGACCAACACACAGCUCAAGAAGGUUCUGUCAGUAACGGGCCUUCCAAGAAAGAGGAGAAUGGAGACGAUCAUAGCACAAAGUCUGACGAGAGUAAGGGCAAGGAUGACAGUGCUGUUCAGGAUGACAAGUCAUCAUCCAAAGGGGACGAUGGUGAUGCCGAUGCUGAGUCCAGUAAAGGUAAAGACGACGGUAGUAAAUCUGAGGAGAAAUCAACGGCAGAAAAAUCAUCACCACAGCAAGAAAAGCCAGGGGAGGAGAAACCUUCUUCAUCAGGGGAUCAGGAAGGGGCAGAUGCAUCAUCAGCAGUUGGGUCUCAAGGGCAAGGUAAUAAGGGAAGUGAAAAGCAUGAUGAUGGGAAAGUAGGGAAAGGGGAUCAGCCAAGUGAUGGUGAUAAAGGCACAAGCAAAGGUGUUGAUGAGCGUGAAGACCAUGUCAGUAGUGAUAAGGAAAAAGCGGACAAAGAAGAAAAGGAAAAGGAUGAGGGAAAAGAUGACUCGGAUGCCAAGAGUGAUAAGGGUGACGCAGAAUCUGUUAAGUCUGUAGGUGACAAAAGUGUGAAAUCAGUGGACAAGAGUCAGUCAGAGGCUGAAGAAAAGACUAAAUCAGAAGCAGCGGAUAAAAGUAAGUCAGUGGCUGAAGAAAAGAGCAAAUCCGUGACUGAAGAUAAGAGCAAAUCUGUGACUGAGGACAAGAGCAAAUUGGGUGAUGAAAAGAGCAAGUCAGAAGGUGAUGCAAAGGAUGAACCUGGAAAAGAGAAAAGUACUUCAGAAACGCAAGAGAAGAGCAAAGCCGAGGAAGAGAGCAAAUCGAAGUUGGGCGAAAAGGCUGAAGCUGAUAAAUCUGCCACGGAAGACAAAUCGAAACAGGACGAAAAGGGGAAAUCGGAAAUGGAGGAUAAGUCCCAGGGUAAGGCAGUGGAGUCCGAAGGCAAGGGCAAAGAUAUUGACGAGAAGUCUGUGUCAGAAGCAGAGAGAAGUAGAACUGAGGCCGAUGUUAAGUCUAUUUCUGAAGACGAAAGAAGCAUAACAUCAGACAUAGAAGAAAAGAGCUUGAAGUCAGAGCCAGAGGACAAAAGUAAGUCAGAAGCAGUGAAGAGUAAACCAGAAACUGAAGACAAGCCAGAUGUAAAAGAUCAAAGCAAACCUGAAACUAGUGAGAAGAGCGUAUCAGAAGCCAAGAGCAAAUCUGAACCUGAAGAGGAAAGUAAAGGAGAAAAGGAUGAACAUGAACCGGAAGAGAAGAGUAAGUCAGAGGUAGAAAAGAGCAAGUCAGAAGAAGAGAAGAGCAAAGCUGAAGCAUCUGAAAAGGGUAAAUCAGAUGAGUCGGAGAAAAGUAAACAUGAAGGCGACAAAACUAAAUCUGACGACGAAAAGAGUAAAGCUGAGCCUGAAGAAAAGAGCAAAUCUGAAGCAGAAGACAAGAGUAAAUCCGUGGCUGAAGAAAAGAGCAAAUCUGAGGCUGAAGACAAGAGCAAAUCUGAAGCUGAACAAAAAGCUAAAUCUGAGGCAGAAGAUAAGGGAAAAGCUGAAGAUGAAAAAAGUGAAGUUGAUGACAAGAAUAAAUCCUUAGCUGAUGACAAGAGUAAAUCUGAAGCUGAUGAAAAGAGUAAAUCUGAAGCCCAAGAGAAGAGUAAAUCUGAAGCUGAAGAGAAGAGUAAGUCAGACGCGGAGGAUAAAAGUAAAUCAGAUGAUGAAAAAUCUAAAGUAGAUGAAAAGAAAACAGAAGAGGAAGAAAAAAGUAAGGCAGAAUCUGAUGGAAAAAGUGAAGCAGAAGAAAAGAGUAAAUCUGAAGCCGAGGAAAAGAGUAAAUCAGAACCAGAAGAAAAGAGUAAGUCAGAGGCCAAAGAUACAUGUAAAGCGGUAGAUGAUAAAGGUGCAGUAGUGGCCGACGUUAAAGAUCAGAAGGAAGCCGAAGACAAAAGUGAAGCAGAACAGAAAAGUAAAUCAGAGGCAGAAGAAAAGAGUAAAUCCGAAGCCGAAGAAAAGAGUAAAUCAGAGGCUGAAGAUAAGGGUAAGCCAGAGGCAGAGGCAGAAGAAAAGAGUAAAUCUGAAGCUGAAGAAAAGAGUAAAUCUGAAGCCGAAGAAAAGAGUAAAUCAGAGGCUGAAGAUAAGGCUAAGCCAGAGGCAGAGGCAGAAGAAAAAAGUAAAUCUGAAGCUGAAGAAAAGAGUAAAUCUGAAGCUGAAGAAAAAAGUAAAUCUGAAGCUGAAGAAAAGAGUAAAUCUGAAGCUGAAGAAAAAAGUAAAUCUGAAGCUGAAGAAAAGAGUAAAUCUGAAGCUGAAGAUAAGGGUAAACCAGAGGCAGAAGAAAAAAGUAAGUCUGAAGCUGAAGAAAAGAGUAAAUCAGAGGCAGGAGAAAAGAGUAAACCUGAAGCUGACGAUAAGGAUAAGCAAGAGGCAGAAGAAAAGAGUAAAUUAAAGGCUGAAGAUAAGGGUAAGCCAGAGGCAGAAGAGAAAAGUAAGUCUGAAGCUGAAGAAAAGAGUAAAUCAGAGGCAGAAGAAAAGAGUAAAUCUGAAGCUGAAGAAAAAAGUGAAGCUGAAGAAAAGAGUAAAUCAGAGGCCGAAGAUAAGAGUAAGCCAGAGGCAGAAGAAAAAAGUAAGCCUGAAACUGAAGAAAAGAGUAAAUCUGAAGCCGAAGAAAAAGCUAAACCUGAAGCUGAUGAAAAGAGUAAAUCUGAAGCUGAAGAAAAGAGUAAAUCUGAAGCUGAUGAAAAGAGUAAAUCUGAAGCUGAAGAAAAGAGUAAAUCUGAAGCUGAUGAAAAGAGUAAAUCUGAAGCCGAAGAAAAGAGUAAAUCUGAAGCUGAAGAAAAAGCUAAACCUGAAGCUGAUGAAAAGAGUAAAUCUGAAGCUGAAGAAAAGAGUAAACCAGAGGCUGAAGACAAGAGCAAAUUAGAAGCCGGAGACAAGGCCAAAGAAGAGCCUGAGGAGAAAAGUGAAGCAGAGGAUAAAAGUAAAUCCGAAGCUGAAGAAAAGAGCAAAUCCGAAGCUGAAGAAAAGAGCAAAUCCGAAGCUGAAGAAAAGAGUAAAUCCGAAGCUGAAGAAAAGAGUAAAUCCGAAGCAGAGGAAAAGAGUAAAUCAGAAAAAGAGGCUGAUGCCAAACCAGAGAAAGAUGAGCCUGAUGCCAAAGAGGAGAAGGAGGAGGAAGUAGUAGUCGCUGUCAGCAAAGCUCCUGAUCUGAAAGCCGAAAAGGACCAAGACACCAAAGCCGAAGAAGACAAAGAGGAGAAAGAAGGUGAUAAGGAAGAGGCUGAAGCUGAAGAAGCCGAAGAGGCAGAAGACAAGGGCGAAGAAAAAGAAAAGGAUGAAAAGGUUGCGGAGGUGUCACAAGAGCAAGAAGAGAAAGAAGUGUUAGAAAAGGAAGGAGAAGAAGAUAAAGAAGCUAAGGGAAAAGAGGAAGAGGAAGAAGAAGAAGGUGAAGAAGCGGCAGUAGAAGACAAAGAGGAGGAAGAGGAAGAAGAAGAAGAGGCAAAAGAAGACAAAGAAUCUGACAAGGAGGAAGAGAAAGAAGGAGAAGAUGAGGAAAAGGGAGAAAAGGAAGCCGAAGACAAAGAAGAAGAAGAAAAGGCUGAUGAUAAAGAGAAGGGGGAGGAGGAACCCAAAACACCAAGAAAGGCAGGGAAGGAGAAAGAAGAGCCAAAGGCUGAGGGUGCCAGGACUCCGAAAAAGACCUUGUCGUCUAAGAGGCCCCGCAGAUCUGCCCGACGAAGACGAGCAGAGGAGGGCCAUGACAGUGGAGUCGACGAAUCAACACAGGCUAAGGUUGAGGUCACGAGCAUGGCUAUUUCUUCCACUCCAACUACCCUCACCCUUCCGUUGGAUGAACUGACCCCGGAUGAUAAGACGAAACAGGAAAAUGGCCAGAGCAGAUCGCCUUCGAAGGGCAGGGGUUCCCCAAGAAAGAGAAUGCCCAGGUCCACGGAGCCAUCCCCCAUGAAGCGCACUCCCACAUCAACUGCGUCCUCAGCCGAACGAAAAUUGCCCAUGAACAAGAUCGAAGUGGGCAAGUCCGCCUCCCCCAACCUCAAAGCGGUCAAGUCCAAAAUCGGUUCGAUGGACAACGCCGCCUACAAGCCCGGGGGCGGAAAGGUCAAGAUCGAGUCCAAGAAGUUGGACUUCUCGAAAGCCUCGAGCAAAAUCAGCGCCAAGAACGAAGCCUACACUCCUGGUGGAGGUGACAAGAAGAUCGAGUCCAAAAAACUGACUUGGAAUGCACAAAGUAAAAUUGGAUCACUGGACAACAAGGACCACAAGCCAGGUGGCGGCGACAAGAAGAUUGAGAGCCAGAAGCUCACCUUCAAAGUGGGUUCAAAAAUAGGCUCCAAGGAUAACAUUAAACAUAAGGCUGGUGGAGGUGACGUUAAGCAAAAGAAGAGUGAAAGGGCAAAGUCAGUGGAGAAAAUUGAGACAAAAAAGCUGGACUUCAAGGACAAGGCCUCCAGUAAAGUAGGUUCACUAAAUAAUGUUAAGCACAAAGCCGGCGGUGGCGACAAGAAAAUAUUUGACGACAAGGAUUACCUCAGGCAAAUGCAAAGUUCCCCAUGUAAAACCCCAACCAGUAAGGCCUCUUCUGAAGCCAAUUUGUCACGAACGCAGAGUCCCAGUCCAGCCCUCGUGUCUCCAGCUACACAGGAUGGAGAUGAUGUUGAGCAGACUGGGGUCAGCCAAGAAAUUACUCCUGCUGAGUGAGUUAACUGUGAAGGUCAUCUUGUGAUUCAUCUUGACUCUUAGCAUUUGGAAGGUCAAGAUUAGUUUGCGGAGAUUAAAUAAGGAACUAUGACUGAGAAACUUCUGUUGUUGCAUUUAUGGCAGUGAUUUAUAGAGCUGUUUUUGCAACUAAUACAGUGUUUUAAAUGUGGUUAUUUUCAACUUCAUAUUCUCCCCAAGUACAGAUCAUUACAUCAUCUGAUUGAGGCUCAGAAAUAAAAAAAAAAAUGAAAGUUAUUGUGAAGAUAUUUCUGUCCACUGCACAGACUGUUUAUAUGCAUUCCAUGUCAAGUCCAGAUAUAAAUAUUUAUAUAUAUACUGUAUAUGUUACUUUACCUAAAGGGAUGCAUGUGAGCAAGUGCUAAUGCAGCUCUGCUUUUGAUACAAGGUAAAGCCUGACUCUAAUGUUAUUUGUACAGUGAGGUUGAUGAAUAUUAUGCUUUCCUUUUUUGUUUUGAGGCAUUUAUAUAUAUAUACAUAUAUUACUAUCCAGGUAGAACUCUGGCUACUAUACAGCUUCAAUACUCAGUGUUCGAGGUACUGUUUCUGAUAUAAGGAAGAGGUAAUGGUGUGUAUGUGUGCUGCCACACACAAUUAGAAAACCUUCCCCAAAUAAUCUAUUGGCAGUGCUUAUUUAGCUUGCUAUGCUACAAAUUAAUCCAUACCUUCAUGUGGCCCCUCAAUUACUGACUAUUUUAUGUUAGAAUAUUUCCUCACACCUCUUAUCACUUCCUGUAGCACACUUCCCAACUUUCUCAAGAACCAAGCUUAGGCAGUGUUUAAUAAUAAAAAAUGAUAAAAAAAAAUGAGGGAUUUUACUCACAGUAAUAACUAUCAUAAUCAUAGCAAUAACAGUGGGAAGUCUAGAUGUUGAUGAAGCAGUAUACCAUACAUAUAUAAUGUAGAUUACAUACGUUGCUUUAAAAGGCCAGACUGUCUUAGCUAUAUAUGCUACUGCAAUGUGUUAAUGGUUUUGCUCCUCAUAAUGACAUGUUUAACCACCUCCAGUUAUAUAGGACUAUGCUGGUUUUGAUGUAAAUUUUAUUUAGGAAAAUUAUAAUUUAUUAUCUGUGCUUCUAACAACUGCAGCUGAUGAUCUAAGCAAAGGUUCUGUGCAAUAUUCUUUGAAAUUAACUACUUUAGGCUGUUUGACAAAAAAAUAAGAAUUAGUGAUAGGCUUUAUUACUCGUUGAAUCUUCCAUUGAUAUGCUAAUCAAAUUCUAGGAAGUGUACCUCUGAGGUAUCCAAGUUUUAUAACAAAAAUAAAAAAAGCUUCAUUCCCACGUACUGUUCCAUCUAUGUGUCAUGGAUGCCAAGGAAAGCACUUUCAAUUAUUUACUGGUGUGAUGGAUUUAUUCACAAUCAGUAACAUCUGGAUGAGCUUAACCUCACGACUUAUAUUCAUUGGUGUUUUGACUUGACUUCCAUAACACAAAGCAACAAUAUAUGUCAUAUUGAAGGAUAAUAUUCAUUUAUUCCUCAAAACAAUGAAGUUUUGAUUGAGUUUCCCCCAUGAAGGAUUAUGUACUUUGUUUAUAAACCUUAUACAUUUUCUAUGUGAUAGGCAAUUUAUUCAAAAGUUUUAUCAAACAGGUUCCUUCAGUACCUAGUUCUUUCACCACCUUUGUGAUUAUUGUCUGUUGUUUAUAUGAUGUUCAUAGACAAGCGACACAAUUCAAUAAAUUUUAAGUAUGUAGGAGACACAGUAUAUGUAAUUCCUAAGAUAUACGUACAUGUAUAAGACAAAGGCAUUGAUCACACUGGUUUGGUACUAUGGCUGUAGACACUGAGUAUGAAUUUUGAUGCCUUUAUAUGAGGACCGUUCCCUUGAAGUUGUCUUCGCAAGUAAGACUAGACUCUUCCCGGUAUGAUGCUUGUUUGAAAUUUCAUCUCCAAUUUAUGUAAUACUGUAUAUAGUAUUAUGGAAGUACAUUUCAUUCUCAUAACUAAAUUGUCACAGAACUCUGUCAUUAGGUUGCUGUCACAGUUUCUAGUCUUCUUGUAAGGACCAAAAUAAUUACUUUUUAUCUCACACACAUGCUGUGUUUAUCAGCUUUCAUGCAUUAUUAUCUACUUUAGCAUUUCUUUGGGCCUCAUAUAUUGACUUAGGAUUCUACUUCAAGGAGCUGUUGUCACCUCACAUUUAUUUGUGUUUUGCAUCAGACUUCGAGUAUUCUGUGUCAUUAUAAAGAAAGAAAAAAAAAAGAA